CCGGAACCGGAAAUACUUCAUUUGAUAAUGUUCGGAUAAAAUUUGGCGCAAGUUCCAAAAAAUGAAGUAAAAAAUGCAUUUAUUUUCAAACGGUGUUAUACUGUUUAAAAUGAGUUCAUGCAAUGGCAGACAAUGUGGACCUUUUUGAAGUUGUACCACCGUCCCCUGUUAACACAUCCACACAGAUCUCGCAGCGAACAAGUAGACUGCCAUUAUUUCCUAGACUACCAUCUCUGGACCUAGAAUUGGAUAUUAGUGAAGUAGAUGUAGAGCCAUUAUCGCCCAUAGCAACUGUGUAUGCAGGUCAAAGAAAUCAAAAUAAUAGCGGCAACAGAACUCACAGUACAAGUGGAUCGGAUCUCAGUGAUUGGUUGAUUAGAGAGAGACGAGAACCUAACAGUAGAGAAGUGCAACCCGGACAGGCUGGUGACCAUGUUAUUGAGUUACUAAUAGAUGAUGACAAUUCCAGACCAUCUUCAGUCAACAGUGAGGUUAUAUCUAUUGCUGAUGGAUCGUCAGAUAUAGAACAUAUUAGUGAUUCUGGUGAUGAUGUAGCAGAUGGUGAUAGAAAUGAUGACACAGUUGUAAACAGGCCAGCUAACCCUGAACCACCUGAAGAGCUAGGAGACCAAGCUGGUCAAAUAAGCCUUGAAGAUCACGCCUAUCCCUCAAACCCAUCAGUCCAGACACCAGAUGUUGCCCAAGCUCUUGCACAGGUGCCAGAACCACCAACUGUCACCCCAGUUACACCUAGGCCUAGUAUUGUUGCUCCUCCACCUAUUGUACAAGUUCUCGGUGGUCAAGGGCAGUCACCUGCUGAUUUUAGAAGUCCUAAGAGGAAGAGAGUUCACUCCCCUGAAAAAUCUUCAGUAAGUGGAGAUAAGAAAGUAGAAGAGGAUGAAGAUGAAGGAGAAACAUGCCCUAUUUGUUUCGAUACAUGGACAACAUCUGGUCUUCACAGGUUAUGCUCAUUAAGAUGUGGUCAUCUGUUCGGACAAAGUUGUAUAGAGAAAUGGUUAAAAGGUCAAGGUGGAAAAUGUCCGCAAUGUAAUGCCAAAGCAAAACGACAAGAUAUCCGAGUGUUGUAUGCGAAAUCUAUAAAGGCUUUGGACACGUCAGAGAGAGACAGGGCUCUGAAGGACCUAGAGAAAGAGAGAGAUGGGAAACGUAAAGCAGAAAUGGAAGGGGCACAAAUACGCUUACAGUACCAAAUGACCAUAGAGGAAAAUAACAGGCUCAAGCUGGAAAUAGAAAUGUUGAAGUCACAACUGCGAAAAUCUGGUGGUACUGGUGCAGCAGGAUUGAAUGUAGGGAAGAAAGUUGACAGUGUUCUAACUGGGUUGAAGAUGUCACAGGUUGCUGGACAAUUUGUGCUAGACAAAACAAUCAAAAUAUGGGAUGCUGGUAACUGUCGUGUUAUGGCACACUGUCCGUCUCUGGCCACCAUAGUUGCUUCACAGCCGUCUUCCAGCCCACUAUUUCCAGGGUUUGGUGUGAAAAAGAUAUGUACAUUGGAUUUUAAAACGUCUCAGUACAUAACAAUUCACAAUAAAGCAAUUAGAGACGUGGCAUUUCAUCCCACAGUGGAAGACGGCAUGUUGCUGUCGUGCGGGCUUGAUAAAAAAGUGAAGAUGACUAGUCUGCUUAGUAACGCUGUUGUUCAAACAUAUGAGACGGCAAUGCCAGCAUGGAGUUGCGUAUGGAAUGCUCAAGACCAGAACUAUUUCUAUGCCGGUCAACAGAAUGGACUCGUUCUAGAGUUUGAUAUUCGUAAUACCGAGGGCCCAGUCCAAGAAUUUAACAGGGAGGGUAGCAGAUCUCCAGUUGCCUCACUGUGUUAUAUGACAGAAGAUAUGAGUGCAGAUUUCAGAUCUGGUGGUUUGUUAAUUGGACAAUUGGAUAAGUUAUCAUUCUUUGAAAAGUUGCCUAACAACCAGCAUAGACUUCAUUUAUUGCCACUAGAGGGCAGUCUGACUAGUUUACACAUCGAGCCAAACACCCGGCAUAUUCUCGCCAGUUAUCGCCCGACCGUCCGUCACCCGACAAUACGGCACCAGCUGUGUGAAUUGAUCUCGAGAAAUAUUAGCACCGAGCCUACUGUGAUAGAUAAUGUCUGUAGUUGUAAUGUGAUACAUACGUUCCACGGGGGUCGUACCCAGACGGUCCUCUCAAAGACCAUCGUGCAGCAGCAUCCAGCUGAUAAGAGCAGGUUACUGGUCUGUGCUGGAGAUGAAACUAACAAUAGUGUCCAUCUGUGGGACUCUGCCACAGGUCAGCUAUCACAGAGACUUAUAACAGGGGGAGUUACUGUAGACAUGUGUUCAAUGAAUAUAAACAAUACCUCAUACCUGGCUGCUUUGACUGAUAAACAAUUAAAGGUUUACAAAUGGACCUGAUAAUCAUAAAAUGGAGUGUAUUUUAA